GACGAAGCAUAAACCGGAGUUUGCAUUUGCAAAGCGAGCAAGCGAGAACCCUAGUGAUCAGCGUCUUCCUUCGUAAUCAUCACCACCCCAGGCUGUCUCCCUCCUACCCCUCUCUCUGCCCCCGCCGGCGGUAACGCAGAGCGCAACGGCUGCUCCACACCGAAUCGGCGGCGGCGGCGGCGGCGGCGGCGGCGGCAAUUGAUUCCGUUGCUUCUGGACUUGGUGUCGGUGAUUCCAUUUCCUUCCGAAUCCUGGAUGAAUUAUCAUCUCCGGGGUAAUAUAGGGCAGUCAUUUCCGAUCUUUUUCUCCGUUGCUUUUGCACUCUGAUGCCCAUCAGCGCUAUGACCCUCUGAAUCACUGGGAGUCCCGAAGUUCCUGCGGGUUUUUGGAAGAUAUGGGUUUCACGGUUGCCCCACAGAGUUCCAUGGCCAAUGUGUCCCUUCCGCAUCUUCUGCAUCAGCAUUCUAAACAAGCCAGCCAAAGUUUUGGGCCUUGUGGUAUCGACUGCUUAACCGGAUAUGCUUUUCAUACAAGUACCUCAACUAAGUGCAAUUAUAGUUGCCGUCUGCCAAUUGGUUAUCUCAGUGUUCGAAGAAAUGUGAACUCUUUUCAGUGUGAAGUCUUACAAAGAAGCUUUCGCAUUUAUGAGGAAGAUGACAUUGACCAAGAUGAGUGGAGUUCAGAGGGUUACGAAAUGAUUGCUCCGAGAGAAAGCAGUGUUAAGACGAAUUUGAGGAAAACUUCCAGUUCGUCACGGCGGCUUUCAGAUGGGUCAUUUGCCAGAAAUGAUGAGGAAACCAAUAAUGAGAUUCUUCAAAAUCUCUGCAGUAGCAGGAGACUGAUGACCGCAGCACAUUUGAUAGAUGUCAUGGGGCGCCAAAAUCAAAUUCCCCACUUCCCUUCCUGCUUAAGCUUAAUCAGAGGUCUCAUUAGAAUCAAUAGAAUAGAGAAAGCUGGCAAAGUCCUUAGAGUCAUGGUCUUAUCUGGUGGGGUUCCUGAUGUGAUCACAUGUAACAUGAUGAUUGGUAGUCUUUGUAAGGAAGGGCACUUCAGAUCUGCCGUGGACCUCUUACAAGACAUGAGCUUGAGUGGCUGUCCUCCGGAUGUCAUAAGUUACAACACUAUCAUCCGCUGCAUGUUUGACCAUGGUCAUUUUGAUCAGGCUAUUGGUUUUUGGAAGGACCAAUUGAAGAAGGGAUGCCCACCUUAUCUGGUCACCAACAGCAUUCUUAUUGAGUUAGUAUGCAGGCACCGUGGAGUUGUGCGAGCUAUUGAAGUUUUGGAAGAUUUGGCUAUGAAUGGUUGUCAUCCUGAUAUGGUUACAUAUAACUCGCUUGUAAAUUUUAGUUGCAAGCGGGGGAAUUAUGAAGAUACGGCUCUAGUCAUGCAUAAUCUUUUAUCUCAUGACAUGGAACCUAGUACCAUAACUUAUAACAGUCUCCUUCAUUCUCUUUGCACCCGUGGCAUGUGGAAUGAAGUAGAUGAAGUCCUUACAAUAAUGAGUCAAAGUUCACGUCUUCCAACAGUUGUUACUUACAAUAUUUUGAUCAAUGGUCUGUGUAAAUCUGGAUAUCUAGGCCGUGCAAUCGACUUCUUUGAACAGAUGGUUCAGAAAAGGUGUUGCCCUGAUAUAAUAACAUAUAACACCCUUCUAGGUGCUCUUUCUAAAGAGGGCAUGAUGGAUGAGGCCAUUCAACUAAUUCACUUUUUGAGUGGUACUAGCUGUUCUCCAGGUUUGAUCAGUUAUAAUGUCGUCAUUGAUGGUUCAGCUAAAUUGGGCGAGAUGGGUAAAGCGAAGUUAUUAUACAAUGAGAUGAUUGAAGCUGGGAUUAAUCCUGAUGACGUCACACAUCGAGCUUUGCUUUGGGGGUAUUGCCGAAUAAAUUUAUUCGAGGAAGCUAUGGAUGUGUUGGGUGAGAUGAAUAGGAGAAAUCACAGAGUUGGUAACAUUGCGUACAGAUUCCUGAUCCAUGGGCUAUGUAGAAAUGAGAAAGUCAGUUCUGCAAUACAAGUACUGGAAAAGAUGAUAUCAAGUCAAUGCAAGCCAGAUGAGACCACCUAUUCUGCCAUAAUAGAUGGUGUGGCUGCUGCAGGGAUGGAAAAAGAAGCCCAUGAAUUGCGUCAAAAACUGAUAGAAUGGGACGUUCUUUCUCAAGAGGCAGUGUUAACUGGGACUGCAUUAUAACUUGAGGUGUCUCUGAGCUCUCAGAUAGCCAUUUUCUUAAGUGGAGCUGCAUAGAAUGUGUGUUCCACCGUAGCAAUUUCUUCAUCCUUAUUUUUCUGUUUCUUCAUAGUGGCUCGCCUAUCCUCCCCUCUUUGUGGAUUUUAUAGAUUUUGACAAAUAUUGUCUCACAGACUAUUCCUUCUGAUGUCUCUUUUGCUGGUUUUGCAAGCCAUGAAAUUUUGAUGGUAACUGCUUGUUUAAGGAAAGUUUUGACCUUGUCCUUCUUCUUA